UUUAUGUAAAAAAUAUUGUGAUAAAAAAGGGCGAUUGCCAUUAGUGAUGUUAGAAAAUCAAAUUAGGGAGGAUAAAGAGGGUGGAAACGAUUUUAAAGUUCGUUUUGUAUUAUUUGUGUUGGGUGCAUUAUUGUGCCCAACAAUGAAGCUUUUUGUGAAUCGUUCUUUCUUACAUCUUGUGGAAGACAUCGAUUCAAUAAAGAAGAUGAAUUGGGCAGAAUUUGUGUUGUCCUAUCUUGUGCACGGGAUUGAAGAGUUUAAGAAGAAACAACAAAGUGGGGUUUGCGGUUGCUUAUUGUUUUUAAUGUUAUUCUACCACGAGCAUAUAUCAUUUGAAGAGAAAUUUCUACCGCUAUAUACUCGACCUUCUCCUCGGAUUACUGCUUGGGGAGAUGAUGAAGUAUUGGACAGGAAACGAAGAUUGAAAAAACUUGGUGGAUAUGCAAAUGAGAAUCUCAAAAUAUGGGUGAUAGAAAAUGAGAUAAGGGAUUGCGUUGAUGGAAAUGCAACGACAAUGGCGAGUGAGAAUGAGGACGAUGAGAAAUUUGUAAUCAAUCUAAACAAAGAUGUUAUUAAACGAGUUGAUGGUGGGAACUUAAUGGAGAUGGAUAAAACCUUUCAACAAUUAAAGACACAACUAAUUGAUAUGGCUUAUGGUGCAAGUAGUAGUAGUUGUGAUCAAAUUUUGGCUAAAUUUGAGGAGAAUUAUACUACAGUGAAAGGUCUCUUCCUUAGAUCAAGCGGAAAAACUUUGAGAAUGCACGAGGAAGGACCGAAGAAUGACAUUCUCUCAUGCGAGAGAAGUUUGGAAGAUACGAACAAUAUGAAUGUUAAUGAACAUUAUCUUCACACUUUGUCAAAUGAGAAGUUAUGCACCGAGGACUUGAAUGAAAAGAAUCAAGAUGCAUGUGCUACAUCAAUUGAAGUGCAUAUCAUUCCAGACGAAAAUCAAAAUAUUUUACCACUUCCAAUCAAAAGGAGUAGAAGAGAUUAUGGAAAGCAAAUGAUUUUGUACGGGAGUCCUCAACCUUUUUUCGAUAGAAAAACAUCCAUCGUGAGUAAGUACAUUAGCGAAUUGGAUGAUUGCGAGAAGCUAUUUAUUCCAAUGCAUGACGAUUGCCCUGGUCAUUGGUAUCUGUGCAUUAUUGACUUCAAAGACUUUGAUAUCCAAAUUUUGGAUUCAUUACGAUCGAAGAGUCGGGACGAGUUCCGGUUUAAGAGUGUGAAAAAAGUGGUUGAAUUUUGUCAGACGUUCUUCAAACUGUAUGACAUAGGGAAAGAUGUCUUCCAAUUCUCCAUUGAUUGGGCUCCUUCCAUUCCGACCCAAGAUAAUGGGUGGGACUGUGGAGUGCAUGUCAUUAGACAUAUGCAGAGAUUCAAAAAUGGUGAUUCGAUGACGAUAUCCGAUUUUUGUAAUUCUGCUAAAAUACGUCGAGAAAUAGCAUGUGAUUUAGUUUUACACGAGGGAAAUAGAGAAAAACAAACCAUUGUGGCUAUUGUUUGUACAAAGACGUCGACACGAGCAAUGAAAAAAUUAUUAUUAUGAUAUUUGUUAUUUUUCUAAUA